AUGAAUAAGCCAAAAAAUAAUCACAGAAGGGCAUUGUCCAAUAAUGAUUUCUAACAAAUUAUAACUUCCAAAAUUUCAGGAUUGCUUGAAGAAAAUAAUACGCACAAAAUAAUGCAAAAGAAUCAAAGCUUUGGCAAUGUGCUAUUCUAAAUUCCAGAGUAGACUGACAUUGCAUCAUCAACAGAAUAAUCAAUGCAAUCAGCCAAAAAGACUCAAAUGAUUGAUUCAAGUAACAAAAACAAUAGAUCCUAAGAAUAGAAGGAAAACCUAAAAAACCAGGGCACUUGCUCUAAUCUCAUUUCAUAAAUCUAAUAUAUGAUUAAAAGCAGUCAUCCCAUCAAGGAAAUAACUCAAAAAACAUUAAAUAGUGAUGCAUAGGAUAAAAAUAAAUAACUUAGCUUCACGAAUGAACUACAAAAAAGACAUAGUUAAAUCAUAUCUUAAUCUAAUAAUAAAAAUGACAGUUCCAGUCUGACACCUGACAGGAAUAGAGCUGAAUUAAAUGGGAGCAAAUUGAAUAGUCAUAAACAAAAUUCUGAUCAACAUUAAAAGUCUAAAAUCGAGUUAUCAAGUUCAUUAUUCAAUACUCUACUUAAGGGAGAUAGCAAAAAGAAGUUGAACCUUGAAUAAUAGGAAUCUUAUAGACGAAUGGAACUGCAAAUGAAUAAAAUGUAAAAGGAUAUAAAUACCAUUAAAAUGAGAUAAGAUUAAUUAGAUUAAUUCAAUAGAAAUAUACAGCAUCAGCUCUGUGAUUUCAUGAGCGAAAGCAAAAAAUAAUAAGAUUAUGGCUAUCAAUCUCUCCAAAAACUAGAGUAAUUGGAAUAAAUCACUCGAAGAAAUGAAGAAUCCAUAUAACUCAUUAGAUAACAACUUAUUCUUGAUCAACCUAACCAAAUAAACAAAGGAAAUGAAAAUAUUAUCAAUUUUGGGUAUUAUUCUUAUCUAUCAAAUAUUUAGAAAUCUCACCUCUUACAAGUAGGAUAGCGAAUAAUAUAAAAGGCUUAAUAACUUAAAAGGUAAUAAUAAACUGUGAUUUAUUGCACUUUUUUAUUUAUCAUUAUUAUUCGAUUCUAAAAAUUUUAUUAUUUAUGUAAAUCAAUAGGAAUCAAUUCAUCAAAGUAUUUGACUUUCACAAUUAUAUCUAAGUUUUUAGUUGCUUCAGAUAAUCAUCUUGGAGCAAAUGAAAAUGUGGGACCAAAGUCAAAUAGAUAUUAAGAUGCUUUUGAUGCUUUCGAGGAAGUCCUUUAAAUAGCUUCACAAUAAAAUGUAGAUUUUGUUAUAUUGGGAGGGGAUUUAUUUCACGAGAAACAUCCUACAGAACAUUGUUUACUCAAAUGUGUUGAUAUCCUUCAGAGACAUGUGUUUGGAGAUAAUUUUGGCGGAAUUUAAAUGGAAGUCAAUUCACUCAAUUAUUAACCUAAUUUUAGUUGUUCUAACUUUAAUGUGCAAUUACCAAUCUUUAUAAUCAAUGGUAAUCAUGACGAUAUUGUCACCGAAAGAAAUGAAAGUGUGUCCAUCUUAGAUAUACUACAUGAAUCAAAAUAUUUAAAUUAUAUUGGAAAAAUCACUGAUUAAUCAAAUGUUUGUAUAAAACCAAUUGUUCUUGUUAAGAAUAAUUAAAAGAUUGCACUCUAUGGUUUAGGUUAUAUGAAGGAUUACUAAUUACACAAAAUAAUAAAUGAGGGAAAAUUGGUGUUGGAUUCAUUGGACGAAAAUAAUUUUAAUAUUCUAAUCAUUCACCAGAACAAAUAUAAAGGCAAUCAUUUUUAGGAUGAAAGGAAUUUUAUUGAUCCACUUUAUUUUAAAAAAUAUAAAAUUGAUCUUUUGAUUUGGGGUCAUGAACACGAAGCAAUCUAUACCUUAGAUACUUGUGAGCACUAUUAAGUGUUUUAUCCAGGAAGUACUGUUGCGACGUCUAUAAUAGAAUAUGAAUCUCUAAUUAAAUAAGCAGGGUUGUUUACACUUACAAAGAAUCAAAUGAAAUUUGAAAGCAUUAAACUUGAAAAAAGCUAUAGACCUAUGAUUUAUAAGAGUGUAGAGUUAAGUGAAUUGAUAAAGACUGCAGAAAAUAAUUAAAAUCUUAGUAAUUAGGAGAUUGCUGAAAAAUUACUGUUUGACUUUGUUGAAAAGGAAUUAGUAAAUUACUAUUAAACCAGUUCAUUUAGAUAGAAAAAGCCAUUGCUCAGAAUUAAAGUAGAAUAUUCUGGAUUUGAAAUAAUGAGAAUGAGAUAUAUUGAAACUAAAUUCGCUGAUAGAGUCUCCAAUCCAGAUUAAAUAUUUAAAUUUUGGGAGAAGAAAUCAAAUCUAUAAGCUUAGAUAUAAAAAAGAAAAGAACAAGCAUAAUUACUUAAUCAAUAAUUUGAUAAUAUCUUAAAAAGCAAAGUGGAGGUUAAUUCCCAAAACUAACAUAUGAUGAAUGAGUUCUCAAAUAUGCUAUCGACUAAGUUGUAUCAAUAAAACUUCUAAAUCAUAGAAUAAGGAGACUUCUUAAAUAUACUCGAUAACUUUUUAUCAUCAACCAAUAAGGAGAAGACCAAUCUAUUCAAUGAUUUGUAUCCGAAGACAAUUGAGAAAUUUAAAGACAACAUCGUACCAUAGUAUAAUAACAGAAUAUUAUAAAUUGUGAAAAAGCAAAGAGAAUAUUAAGAUUCUCUGAUAUUUUCGAUUCGAGAUUCAAUCAUUAAAAAUUUUGAUGGUACAACUAAAUGUGAAUAAUUAUAUUGCACUAAUUUUGGACUUGAUAUAAGCUAGAUGUUUACUAAAUUCCAGGAAGAUUUUAGAAUUGACAUAGCUAAGACUAAUAUAAAUUAAGUAAGUAAAUCCAAUGCUACUUUGAUGCCUUCAAAUUAAGUUUAGUUGUAGAAAAAAGAAAAUUUUUAAUAAGAAUCUCCAAUUAUUAUAGAGGAUGACUCUUUGCCUAAGAAUGGUUUUACAUAAACUAGUAUCUUUGGUUAAGAUGAACAGGAAGAUGAAGAGGUGGAAGAAAAGUAAGAUAAUAAAGGGAAGAAAGGUGCUAAGAAAAGAAAACCUAUAAAAAAAGAAGAUGAUGUUGUAAUUUUAAAUAAAAAGUAAAAAUAUUAAAUAGAAUUAAAACCUUAUUAGAAGGGAAUGAAUAAAUUAUUGUGA